GGAGAGAGAGACAAAGACAAGGAAACCGUGCGAGAGCCAUCCCAGAGUGACGUCAGGCUUCUACAACUUGGCUGAAAAGUUUCGUCAGCCGUCGGUUCCUGGGUUUGGGUGAAUGUCAGUUUGAUCCAGGACACUUCAUGUCCUACGUCAUGAAUGGCUGCAUUGUGAAAUGACAGCACGACCACAACGCGUGACGCUGUCGCUUUCCUACCAUUCCAACCAUGGCACAAGAGAAAUGUGAGGGAGAUCACGGACGUUACAGAUUGUCUUCUUUGUUCACGUGUGCUCUGUCGAGGCGUCAUGGCGACCAGGUGGGUCGGUGCGGCCGACAACAGGAACGACAUGCUGCACGGUGCGUUGAGAGAGGAGGAGGAGGAGGAGGUGUGUCCUGACGCCAGGUCUGCCCCGCUGCACGCCGCACUGCCAUAGGCUGCUGACUGGUGGCGGGGGGCGGAAACGAAGGCACUAGGACCCAGCGGCGUGACAGCGAGUAGGCAGGGCAGAGCGGGGCUGAGUCACUGCAUGUGUCUGAGGGAGGCAGUCAGAAACAGAGCGCGGCACAGGGAGCAGAGGUGAUCUCGCACUCAUCAGCACAGGAUAACACAACCAUGAUGGGUUGACUUUUUUGGGGGGGUGGCAGGAGGCGGUUGGAGAGAGGAAGUGUGCGUUCGCCAACAUUCGCUCAGCCAUGGAGACCAACAAAGUUCUUCAUUUCGUGCCGUCGGAGGUGCCUCCCUCUGGGAUGUCCAAGAAUGGAUACUUCUUUCAAGAAAUGGAGCAGCGGGAGGCGGAGCAGGAGGAGGGCAGCGAGGGCCGAGAGGAGGGACAGGACUCGCCGAUCGCCUGCGGAGAUGACAUCCACCUCUACGACAACCAGAUCAGCCCUGGACCGGAUACUGAUGAUUCUGGCUGCGUGUUACUGAACACAUCAAGGAGGUAUGUGAAGCUGAUGAACUUCGAGGAGGAGAUCCGGGCCCACCGGGACCUGGACGGCUUCUUGGCCCGGGCCACCAUCCUGCUGGACGAGACGGCCGCCUCCCUGGACGACGUCCUGAAGAGGAUGUUGCACCACGUGAGUCAGGACAGCAACGCGUCCGAGCCCAGCUGCAACUUCGAGGAGGUGAUGAGCAUGCUCUUCACCGACGCGGGCGCUCAGGAGGUCAACGACAAGUCUCAAAGUUUCGUUUUCUUUGACGACGUUCACUUGCUGUCGGAGACGAUCCAGGGGGUGACGGCCACGGCCACCGGGAUCCAGUACCAACAGUCCUGGCUCUGCAUCCUCUGCAACGUGAAGCAUCUCCAGAGGCGUCACGUGUGCAUCUCCCGCCUGGAGAGGCCGCAGAACUGGGGAGAGAACUGCUGCGAGGUCCGCUAUGUCAUCUUGAUACUGGCCCCACUCAAAAUGAAAAGCACCAAGACGGCGAUGGAGCUGGGCCGGACGUUCGCCACCCUCUUCUCUGACAUUUCCUUCAGGCAGAAGCUGCUUGAGACCAAGACGCAGGAGGAGUUCAAGGAGUCGCUGGUGUUCCAGAGGCACCAGCUGACAGCGGUCAACCAGCAGCCCACCGCUCUGGGCAAGGAGGAGACCGACCCCCGCAGUCACAAACCCCUCAAGUGUACAGACUUCUUCAAAGUCGGCCGGGGGAUUUACGAGGACUUUCGCCGCCGCCUGCCGCACUACCCCUCCGACUUCACAGACGGUAUAGUUGGCAGUAAUAAAACCCUGCUGAAGUACAUGACCACGGCCAUCUUCCUCUACAUCGCCAUCCUCCUCCCCGCCAUCGCUUUCGGCUCCCUCAAUGAUGAGAGCACACGCGGCGAGAUCGAUGUUCGUAAGACCAUCAUCGGCCAGAGCAUCGGCGGGGUCAUCUACUCGCUGUUCGCCGGCUCUCCCCUCGUCAUCCCUCUAACCACGGCUCCCCUCGCCAUCUUCAUCAGCGUGAUCCGAGGAAUCUGUGACGACUACAACCUGGACUUCCCGGCGUUCUACGCCUGCAUCGGUCUGUGGAACUGCCUCUUCCUCAUCCUCGGAGGGGUUUUUAACGUCAGCCUGCUCAUGAAGCUCUUCAAAAGGUCGACGGAGGAGGUCAUCGCUCUGUUCAUCUCCAUCGCGUUUGUGGUGGACGCAGUGAAGGGCACAGUGAAAAUCUUUCACAGAUAUUACCACUCCCCGACGCUGGCCAACGCGAGCGUGGAGGUCUUCCCAGUGGGCGGAGACCUGCUGGGAGGAAACAGGAGCCAGGUGGCGGUGGGCUCAGCGCUCAACGCCCUGCCCGAAUCCCUCAUCCAGUGCACUCGAGAGAGGCCCGUCCUCUGCCUGCUGCUGAUGCUCGGCACCCUGUGGAUGGGUUACACCCUGUACCAGUUCAAGAGGAGUCCGUUCCUGCACGCCAAAGUGAGGGAGGUGCUGUCAGACUGCGCGCUGCCGAUCUCCGUGCUCCUGUUCUCCUUCAUCGGCUCCUACCUGUUCAGCGACAUCGAGCUUCCAGUCUUUAAAGUUCACAACCGGCCCGUCUUCAACGUGGCCCCGUUCGAGCGGCUGUCGGCCAUGAACGUGGUCAGCGCCAUGGGCCUGGGCUUCCUCCUGGCCCUCCUCAUCUUCAUCGACCAGAACAUCGUGGUCUCGCUGACCAACGCACCGGAGAACAGGUUGCUGAAGGGCACGGCGUACCACUGGGACCUGAUGCUCUCCGGGCUCAUCAACAUACUGAUGUCGGUGCUGGGGUUGCCCUGGAUGCACGCCGCCUUCCCCCACUCCACCCUGCAUGUGCGCCAGCUGGCCUUCGUGGAGCAGCGCGUGGAGGGGGGGCACCUCUACGAGACGAUUGUCCAGGUGAAGGAGACGCGUCUGACAUCUCUGGCUGCCAACAUCUUCAUCGGCGUGUCUGUGCUGCUGCUGCCCGUCCCCCUGCAGUGGAUCCCCAAGCCCGUCCUGUACGGCCUCUUCCUCUACAUCGCCCUCACCUCCAUCGACGGCAACCAGAUGUGCGAUCGCAUGGCUCUCCUCCUCAAGGAGCAGACGUCUUACCCGCCGACCCACUACAUCCGCAAAGUGCCCCAGAGGAAGAUCCACUACUUCACCUUCCUGCAGAUGAUGCAGCUGCUGGUGCUGUGCACGUUUGGCAUGUACCCCAUACCGUACAUGAAGAUGAUCUUCCCUCUCAUCAUGAUCAUGCUGAUCCCCAUCAGGAACAACGUGCUCCCUCGUAUCAUUGAGGCCAAAUACCUGGACAUCAUGGAUGCCCAACACAUGUAGCUACAGACGGAAAAAACAAGCUCUCAAACCACAAAAAGACAAAAAAAAAGAAAAAUGAAAAAAAAGAGAAAUGAGGAUUUAAAAAAAAAAAAAAAAUUUAAAAAGCAUAUUUUUCAAUGCAAAACUGUACGGAAGCAAAAAGGAGAAAUACCGACUGUUUAGAUUUUUGUAUCUGAUAAGAACAUUCUUACAGGUGAAGCACUGGAAACGCGGGAAGUCGUGUGAGGACGAGAGACGAGAGACGAGGGGAAUAUUUUCCAAAUGUGGACAGAAAGACGACAGACAGACGACAGACAGACGACAGACAGCUGCAUCUCUCUGCUGUGCAAACCCGGACUGUCCAGAACUCCCUGUUUCACACAUACUGUAUCUCCGUGUUCUUCUCCUCACUCCUUCACUUUCUACAGUAACUCUCUUUACAUGCUCCUCUCUGCAGUGUGUGUGCGUGUGUGUGUGUGUGUGUGUGUGUGUGUGUGUGUGUGUGUGUGUGUGUGUGUGUGUGUGUGUCUGUGUGUGUGUCUGUGUGUGUGUGUGUGUGUGUGUGUGUGUGUGUGUGUGUGUGUGUGUGUGUGUGUGUGUGUGUGUACCUGUGUUUCAACCGGUGGGUACGUGCUUCAAGUACUUACUGAUACUGUGUAAGUAAUAAAACAUCGUACAGUACGUAGAAACAACAUUUUACCUACUUACACUGUGUUGUUAAGUAUUUAAACACUUUUCCAUUUGGUGAAAUAACUGGUACUGUAGGAACACUGCGUUUAGGCGACUGUAAAGCAAAUCUUCACCUUUUGUAUCUCUUGUAUCAUCGUGUGCUGUUAAAAAACCUUCACAUUCCUGCAACGUUCUUUGCUUUCCACGUCUUUCCAAUCAAAUGCCAGUGUUCAUUAAGGAGAGGGAGAAGGUGUGUGUGAGUGUGUGUGAGUGUGUGUCAUGGUCACUUCUGUCUUUAAUCUUGCUUCCUGUCAGCUCUUUUAGAAACCCUUUUAUUUUUAAGUGCUCUACUGACUAGAAAAUACAUUCCACAGAUAUAUAGAUCUAUAUAUAUAGAUAUAUAGAUAUAUAUAUAUAUAUAUAUAUAUAUAUAUAUUAUAUUAUAUAUAUAUAUUAAUGUAAUUAUAUAGAACGACAGCACAAGCCAAGACAUUUAGUGAAAUCUUUAUCUAAUUAGAAUAUAUUAAGGCAGUAUAUAUAUAAAUAUAUAAAAAAAAUAUUUUAGGUGAAAUUGAAAUAGAAUAUUUAUUUAUCGUAUUGACAAAGUAAAUUUUUUUUAUUUUUUUUGUGUUUUACCCCCCGAAACCAGGAAGUGUAACUGUCCUUACGUGUUUCCGUCACAUUCCACUGAACUCGUAUUUCCAGUGUCGCGUCUUACUGUGCGUCGGACUUCAGUGUUUCCAUGUCAGAGUCUAACACAGUUCUGGUGCAUCGCUGGUAAAGAGGAGAGUCAGGUUCAAAGGUUCAAUAAACUAAUAAUAAAGAAAUUUGCAGGCUUUGAAUUCAAGUAAAUGCCCACCCCCCUUUUUGGUUUUGUUGUAAUUUUUCUUUUUGUACACAAGUGUUCAAGGAUGAGUUCUAGAAUAAUCCGGUCUUGUUUUCUUUGUUUAGAUGUUCUGAUUAGAUCGAUGCUUGCAAACAUUGUCAUGUAAUAAAUCCAGACGUCUGGAAAAAAGGUUUAUCUUGUUAUCUACAGUACAAAAAGAAAAGAAAAAAAUAUAUAUAUAUAUUAAAAUAAAAAAGAUAAUUUCUAAGUAGCGGUUUGCUUACAGCAUGUCUUAUCUGGGGUUUUCUUUUUAUACAAUGUGAUGCCGAUGGACAUGUAUCCUACAGUAGAAUAAAAAAAAAGUCAAACCGUAACUUCUCGAUAAACCGAAUGAAUGCAAAGCUCAAUAUUCAGCAAUACUGUGUAGAAACCAGAGCUUCACUGGGGAGAUGUGACAUUUCCCCAGUGAACAGACCAGCUGUAUUUCUGAAGCAGCAACUUUUCACCUCACGUCCUCAUGGUACAGAAGAACCUGCUCUGCGCUGAUUCAAUUAUUGCUCAUAAGGGAAAAGAAAAAAGUAGCUCGUCGACCCGGCGUUCGCAGGCGCCCGAUGUUGUUGCGGUUUAGUUGCUUCCCCUGAUCUCCACAUGGCAGCUCUGUUCAACUUUGUCUUACAGAUGUGAGGAAGAUGUUCCGAUUUAAGCAGAUGCCUCGUUGCCGAGAGAUAGCGAAGGCGUGAUGAUGGGGGGGAGCUCGGAAGGCAUUUGCAUAAUCUUUGGACUUAAGACAGCAGCGGUGAGAAGGAGAGAGAGCGAGAGAUUGCGAGUUAUGAAGUAAUAUGUACAGUUUGCAAUGCAAAAGUUUAGUUUUUACUGGACUGUCCAUUAUAAUCCGAGACAAGGUAUUAGUUUCUAACUUUGGGCUGCAGAGAUGAAGCCACAUCCCUUCGUACGUGACAGUAUUGUUGUUGUUCCUCGAUAUCUUCUCUGUACUGAUGAUUUUUUUGGAAUAGCAGAGAAAUUUUCUCUCCGAGCUCGUAAACUUCGGAUUCCGAGCGAAAGACUCUCAGCCCCGCUUGUGAAACCUUGACUCCUCCCUCCUUGACUCCUCCCACCUCCUCCUGAUUGGAUUUGUUUUUGAAAAUUGCGUACUGUGGUGUUUUGUGUUUUUGUUUUUCUCUCCUUCUUUCCUGAUUUCAUAUAGCCUACUUUUUCUAAUCAUGAAUGUAAGAUGUGUGGAUUUUUAUAUAGCAUACUAAUUUAGGUGUCGAACAGAAUCUGUAAUUUUUGUCAAAAAGAUCAGCUAUAUUUGUAUAAGCUGUCGUAUGUAAAAAGGAGAAAAAAAUGCUUAUCAAACAAAAAAUGUGUUGGUUUAUUAUUAUAGUAUAUAUAUAUACUGUACACUGAAAAAGAGAGACUAUCUCAAGCUGUUUGCCAAAUAAAAAAGUAGUAGUGAUGUAAA